UUCGACUCGAGAGGCCCGACACCAUGCAUGACGCGAUGGAAGUGGCACGACGGCGAGAAGAUCACCUCGUCGCCACGCGAAGGGGACGGGCGGACGUGCGAUUCACGGAUACGCGUCGCACGGGACCUAACCCAGCCACGGCCAGCACACGGCCGAACGUUAACACUCGGCCAGCAGGGUCGAUAGUAAGGCGGCUGUCUCCCGAGGAGGUCAAGCGGCGACGUGAGAAAGGUCUUUGUUUUAAGUGCGAAGAGAAGUUCACUCCGGGCCAUCAGUGCAAGAAAGCCUUUGUCAUUGAGGUGGCCAACCCGGAUGACGAGGAGGUUGAGGUUGAGGAGGAAUCGCAUCAGGAGGACGAGAUUGAGACCCUCAGUGAGGAGCCUGAAAUUUCGAUGCAUGCGAUGACGGGGAUCAUAGGUCCGAAAACAAUACGACUACCAGCAUGGGUCAAGGAUCGAAGA